AUGAGCUGCUGGAGUCUUGAAGAGGAACAAGAUGUGCCAGCCGGAACGCUCAGCCCCCUGCAGGUCAGUGCAGUGGCCAAGCUACGCUUCGUGUCUGGGGACACAGCUGGACGCCCGGAGUCCUCAGCCCGGUGGCUGGGUACGGUCUUAACGUCACCCGCCAUUACCGGCCGCUUCAAAUGUGCCACGCACCGUCUGGUCUUCCACAACAAGGCCCCCCUGCCCGAGGGCAUCCGCGUGGGCACUGUCCUGAGAAUCCGAGGCGUCGUCCCUGACCAGGCUGGCAGGUUCUACGUCAACCUGCUGUGCAGCGAGGACGAGGGCGCGGACGCCGCGCUGCACUUCAACCCGAGGCUGGACGCGUCUGAGGUGGUCUUCAACACCAAGGAGGAGGGCAAGUGGGGGCGCGAAGAGCGGGGCCGCGGCAUCCCCUUCCAGCGCGGGCAGCCCUUCGAGGUGCUGCUCAUCGCCACGGACGACGGCUACAAGACGGUGGUCGGCGACGACGAGUACCUCCACUUCCGCCACAGGCUGCCGCCCUCGCGCGUGCGCAUGGUGGAGGUGGGCGGGGACGUGCAGCUGCACUCGCUCAAGAUCUUCUGA